AGCCUAGCUUAACCUUCGGGCUAAGCCAUUAUUGCUAUGUUUUUGGCUACCAUUCUGGCUACCACCCUGGCAUUUCGUGCCAGAGAGUGGUUCGCUGAUGGCGGCUCAAUAGUCGUAGGAUGUUUCAGUGGAAGCAGAAAUGGAUGCAGGAAGGAAAAAGCUUCGCUUGAGAGUCCCUAAACUUUGAUCAUCAAACAUUUGAUUGCUACAAUUUGGGGGUUCCCGCUCCCCCAUUCACUGCUAUAAACUUACCUCAAUUUUACAGCUGGCAACAGUGCAAGAGAAGAAACUUGACGUCACACUGUAAUUGAAAACAAAGGCGGAAAUGUGACAUUUUUAGGCUUAUCUCAAUGUGAACAAGGGAGGAGAAGAAUAGAAUAGACAUUUCCAGGCGUCUCAGAGCACGAAGAAAGAAAAGGCUUCUGUGAUUAAUAUUUAAAUCGUUUCUGUAAACAAUGGACGAAGAGGUUGAGCCUUCGACACGUGACGACAGAAAACGGAAGUUUGAAUGUAUAUAUAUAUCGGACAGCGACAGUUUGUGGAGUACAUCAACAUCCAGCGAUAGUAGUGAAGAAGAACGAAAAAAUGAUGAGGAGGAUGAUAAUGAUGAUAGUGAAAACAUCCUACAUGAAGAAAUUGAUGAUAGCGAAAACAUCCUAGAUGAAGAAAUUAUUGAUGAUUGGAUGGAUACGGCAGGCCCGAGAGAACCAUUUCCUGCUCACGAUCGAGGCGUAAUACAUAUAAAUUUCAGUGAAAACCCCACACCAAAAGAUAUAUUUGAUUAUUUUUUUCCACAAGAAUUAAUUGAAUUAAUAGUGAAAGAAACAAAUAAGUAUGCAAACGAUUGUAUCGAGUUACGGCAAAAGAAAGGGUUGCAGAAACGUAAUAGUAGAGAUAAAAAGUGGACGGAUACAAAUCCCGACGAAAUAAGAAUACUACUUGCGUUAAUUAUACUUCAGGGUAUCGUCGUCAAACCGACGGUGCAAAUGUACUUCAGUACGAGAGAAAUUGUCGAAACUCCUUUUUUCAAUCAAGUAAUGAGUCGCGACAGAUUUCUGAUAUUGUUGUCGUUUCUGCAUUUCAAUAACGAACAGAAGACAUUUCAAUCAAAUUCAAAUUAUGAUCUACUUCAGAUAAAACCAGUUUUAGAUAAGCUUUUGGCAAGGUGGCAGUCGACGUAUACCCCGGAGAGGGACGUAUGUAUCGACGAGAGCUUUUUGAUGUGGGAAGAACACUUUAAAUGGAAUUCAAGCAGGGUGAGGAUAAAGUUGUACAUGUUAUGCGAAUCGUCUACGGGAUACGUAUACAAUUUAAUGUUGCAUGCCGGAGGUGACACAGUUAUACCCGACAGGAUACAAGAUAUUAACCUCGAAGAUUUCGAUAAACCUGGUCAAAUAGUGUUGACCCUGAUGGAAAGCUUGCUGAACCUAGGACACAGAUUAUAUGUUGGUGAUUUUUAUGGAUCGCCUAUGCUCUUUGAUGCAUUGGUGGAUAAGAAAACAGAUGCCGUAGGAACUGUUACAGGCAACAGAGAAGGUAUGCCAAAGAAAAUGACUCUGCAAAACAAAUUAUCUGCGUACUAUCGGAAAAAACUGAUGGCUUUAAAAUGGGUCCGUUCGAAAACAAUGCUUUCGACCAUUCAUGACGAUAGUAUGAAAACUUAUAGUAAUACUAAUAAAAGACUGGUCACCAAACCAAAAGUUAUUUUUGAUUAUAAAAGAGGAAUGCGAGGAGUUCAUCUUUUGAAUCUGUGCAUUGAAACUUUCUCACAUAGAAAAGUAAUGACAAAAAUUUAUUACAAAAAGUUGUUCUUUCAGCUUUUAGACAUCGGCAUCUUCAAUUCUUUCAUUGUUUAUAAAAAAUGUGGUCAUAACAUUACUCAUCUGAGGUUCAGAACAGAGUUAGUCAAGGACAUUAUAGAUCAAUUUGUUAACAAUAUCAUUAAAAAAAAAUCUGUGAACAAUAACAAUAACAUUAUAGAUCAAUCUGUGAACAAUAACAAUAACAUACCUCGGAGACUAUUAGGAAAUCAUUUUAUUUGUCGGAAUCAGAAUUCUCGAUCUACGAAUUAUACUCUUCGUCGUGCAUGUGUUGUUUGUUCUGCAAAUAAUGUUCGAAGAGAUGUUAGAUAUAGUUGUCGGCAGUGUAAAGUUGCUUUAUGUGCAGUGCCGUGUUUUGAAAUAUUUCAUACGCAGAAACAUUUUUAAUACAUUUUUCUAUGUGAAAGAUUUUUUUUUAUUCUUGUUUUCAUCUCCAAAAUUUCCUGCAAAUUUUAAAGAUCCAAGUAUUUUUAUAUCAAUUAUAAUUCCUUAAUCGCUUGCAGUGUAGAAAACAAAUCACGAGUCCACCUGUAAGCCAUGAGAAUACAUAUUUUGUAAUAAUAUGUCUACCAUUAAAAUAACUGGAAUAUGAGAACUAACAUAUUUUGUAAAUAAAAUCAUAAUUCUCAUAAAUUUUUGUGAAUUAUAAUGAUUUUAUGUUGACAGUUUAAUAAACUAGUUAAAAACUAUUAUUUAUACUAAGCUUUUAUGAUACAAUGUAGGGACAAGUAGAAUGUGGACCAUCUGCCCCAUUCUCAUCACAAGUUAUCCUUUCAAGCAUAGAUACCAUGCUCUGAAAAGUGUGUGGAAUAAUUCUAAUGGCACACAUCAGGCAAAAGAUGAAAGACAACUAUCCGCUUGUCUCUGAGAAACGAGAGAAUCUUCGAGAGAAAACGUUGUUCAGAAUCAUGUUUGGAGAGAUGCAAUGAUCUCUCAAGACAUAAACAAAUGGUUAGCCAAUCAGCGACCGACUUGUGAGAGACGAGAGAUGACCAGAAUAGAGCCCCAGGUUAUGUCCCAUCACACCAAGAAGGAAAAAAAAUAGCAAUGUAAAAUAACAUUGCUGAAUAUCUUAGCCCAGUUGGUGAAAAUAACAUUGUUAUACAUUUUGUUCUCAAUACUGUGCUGUUUAAAAUUCAAUCACCGGUAUCGGAUAAAUGAGGUUUAUGGUCUGAUAGAUGAAUCUUGUAGGAACGUGGCCCCUUCACUUCUCUCAGCACGUCUCUCACGAUUUCCAUGUAUGAAGUCCCUUUAGGACAAUUGGUAGUGCCCAUAUGCAGUCAAGGAUUUCAGAAUAUGUUUGGCCAUUAUUGUUUAGUACUUUGUUACAUCACCUUCUGCUUUUAUGAGUAUAUAUCUGGUCUGGCAGGUUGGAAACAGUUUUUCACACUUCUAUGAUUUUAUCCCUUUUUUUUGGAAUUAUUGGUCCAAUUUAUACUUAGGGUGCGACUAUGCAGACGCGAAUUUAGAACGAGCAAGAGGUUAAGAGCGAUUUAGUUUUCGCAAAGGAAAACCAUGCACAAACGAGA